GCAUGAAUCUCUUAUUCAAGUGCAAGAUAGUGCUGACUUAGUACGCGCAGCACAAAGCUUUCCGAAUGAACAUGCAUCACUGAGUCUGACCCGAAGCCCCCAGUGCCCACUGUCCCUGGUCUACCAUGUCACCUUCAACACUGGGUCCUCAUUGUCCGUGCCUGUGCAUCACCUGGAUCUAGUAUUUCGAACAAUAGGAGCAAAUUCUCAGCCGACGCCUUAUAUAUUAGUUGACAUCUAGCCCAGUUGUAGCGGAGCAUGUGGGCAGCAGGUAGUUAUUCUUUCACGGCAUUGAUUUAUGUUUGCGGGCAUAUGAAUCUGACACACCGAAGCUGGCAAUGGACUUGACUAAAUGCGCGCUCAUCCUGAUGUGGCUGAUUACAUUUUCCCCUCAGGUCAAGGACGAAUAUAUGGAACAGCAACACAGUCGACAUCCAGCGCAGGUGCAAAGGUUGACAUCAGGCAGGCAACAGACGAGGACCACGUGGGCAGCAGGUGCCAGGGGCAGUAUUAACCAGCUAUUAUUUUUGCGCUGUCAUUUGCUUGCUCUUGCAAUGCAUAUCAGCGUCGAUUUCCAUAGUUUUAUUGCUUGUUACGACUACAGUUGAGAAUCUACCAUCAUCGACG